UGAUAAACGUGGUCUUCCUGCAUUAUACAGAUAUCCGCUUAGCCUUCAUUUUUAAAUAAGAUAAAUAGACUAUACAAAUGUAUGUAAUAGCGAAAGUGUUACACGCAUAUUUACGUCUGCUAACAACUAUUUAAUUCAGUGAUAAUAGUAUAGUUCUAACCAAGCAAUGUAUAGAAUUUAGUUUAUGUUUUUAGUUUUUAAAUUUGUGGUUUUAGAACCGGACGUUUUAAUAUUUGUUUUUUGUUAAACAUUUAGUUUGUAGUCUAAAAUAAUUGUCAGUGUGAAGAAAUUAAAGUGAAUGCUUGAGUAUCAGUGUUAACCAAAAAUUUAAAUGACGGAGAUUUUCAGGGGUGAAAAAAUGAUGACUUAUAUACCUAUAUUAUUGGCUGUGCUGCUUGGAUCGCAAGGCCAAGCCAAAGUAGCUGACUCGGACGCUGUGAAACUGCUUCAGAAAUAUGUGCAGAUAAACACCGUCACUACAUCAGAUUUGACGAAAGCGGUAGAUUUCUGGAAGCAACUGGCUGCUGAAGACAAUUUACCUAUUAGUGUACACGAGUACACGCCGGGGUACCCUGUAGUCAUCAUAAAAUGGGCCGGAACUGACGAUAGCCUGGACAGCAUCAUGCUAAACUCUCAUAUGGAUGUGGUACCUGCCGCUAUGAGCGACGGUUGGACCUACGACCCAUUCUCAGGCCAUUUGGACACUAAUGGCGACAUUUACGGGCGAGGCACGCAGGACAUGAAGUCUGUAUCUAUUCAGUAUUAUAUGGCAUUGCGAAGACUCAAGGCCAAUAAUAUACCGCUGCUACGAAACGUGUACAUGACUCUUAUGCCCGAUGAGGAACUUGGAGCAGAGAACGGCAUGAUACCAUUUCUGAAGAGCCAGGAGUUCCUUGACAUGAAUGUUGGUCUUGAAUUAGAUGAAGGCACUUCCUACCCAAUACCCUUUAUUCCUGUAUUCUACCAAGACAAAGUGGUUUGGCAAAUUAGAGUUGAUUGCUAUGGCAUUUCUGCUCAUGGCUCUACAUUCCCGACUACCGACAGCACUGCUACUGGCAAGUGCAACAAUGUGAUCAAUAGAUUCUUCCAGUUCAGAGAUGAACAGUAUGCUUUAUAUGGAAAGGCGGCACAAGACAACGCCGGCGGUUACACAUCUAUCAACCUUAACAGAAUCAAUGCAGGAACAGCUGAUAACGUGAUCCCUAGUCACGUGAGUCUCGUAUUCGACAUGCGCUUGGGCAACACUGUCGAUACUGAAGAGUUUGAUGCCACGCUCCACAAAUGGAUUAGCGAGGCUGGUGAAAACAUCACCCUCACAUACAUUCUGAAGAACCAACAGUCACCGGCUACUUAUACCAACACCACUACUCCCUACUGGACCGCCAUCACUACUGCAGCUGCCUCUGCGGGAGUAAUAGUAGCUCCAAUCCUUCCUCCGGGCUCGACGGACGCACGUCACGUCCGCAACGCCGGCUACCCUGCGUACGGCGUCUCUCCUAUGCCCAGCACUGAACUACUUCUCCACUCAGUCAACGAACGCCUCAACAAAAACACAUUUACCAAAGGCAUCUCUUUCUAUGAGAAAGUCAUCAAAAACUUGGCUAAUGUCCCCGGAAGUGCGACUGCUCAGAAUCCUGUAGCGUAUCUUUAUAAAACUGCUGAAUAAGAAUUAACGGUCCAAUAAAGCACGUUAGUCAAAAGCAAACGU